AUGCGGGGUAGCCUGCCGUGGAGAUAUAUAGUUACCCCGUACUCUCCACUCGGGUCAAUGUCGGAACACAAUCUCACCAUGACCCAUCCACGCCAUCCGUACCAGUGCGGAACAUGCUCGCAGUCCUACUCCCGGAUCGACCAUCUGCAGCGGCAUGUUCGCUGCUUGGGAUUCAUUGAUGUUCUGACCUUGGCAGACACCCAUGAGAAACCAUACCAAUGCCCAGUGUGCAACAAGGCAUUUGGCAGAAUUGACCUGCUGCGGCGCCAUUCAGCCCUCCACGGAAGCCAGCCGCAGAAGCCAAGAGCCAGCCCGGCAGUCCGCACCUCCCAGGCGUGCAGUGCCUGUGCCGAUGCCCAUCUGCGCUGCGACGACGAGAAGCCGUGCAAACGAUGUCGCCGGAGAGGCCUUUCCUGUGUUUUUCGGGCGGACAAUAAACCCCCCUCGGAGACAAUGUCGGACGCACCCGCAUCUUCCGAAACAGCACUCUCGGAUACCGCAGCGUCAGCCAUCGUGAUGGCUACGCCUUCUGACUCCCUAUGGGAGUCGAUGGAGCUGAAUGAGCCAGAGUACGAGCUCAAUGGCAAUGAGCUCGACUUGGCUGAGCCGGACCAGCCAGACCUGUCCGAUCUGUUCGGCAGUGGGACGAGAACCCCCCAUGGACUCAUUGCCUUUGGACUGGAGACAAACCUCGAUCUCAGCAUGGUCGAUCUCACCUUUUUGGAAACGUACAACAGCCGCAUCCCCUUUGAAGAGGCUCCGCUGCCGAUGGACAACAUCCCAUUUGCCUAUGCCUCGGCGAGUGAGGGCGAUCGGUCCAUGUCCCGCCUGCGCUGGCGGUUUGUGCCCGCUCCGCACGACCACGGCUGGCUGGAACACGGCAAUCUUCUCCUGUCCGAUCCGGCCCUGACUCUGACGCCUCGGAGCCUCGAGCAGCAGCAAAAGCAGCCGCCGACAGAAAGCCUCGACCUUGCCUGCCGAGAUCGGAUCCUCGGGAUUGUGCUGGGUCAGCUCAAACACCCGCUUUCGGCAGCCCUGUCCUCCUUCCCGUCGGUUCAGCUGCUGGACAUGCUCAUCCGAUACUUCCUGACCAGCCCGGUCUCCAAUGCGAGUUCGUGGAUCCAUCGCCCGGUCUUCCGUCCGGGAUCGAUGUGUCCGGAGCUGCUGCUGGCCAUGGCCGGCGCCGGCGCCGUGCUCACGCCCGAUCCGUCCCUGCGCAAGCUCGGCUUUGCGAUGCAGGAAGUCGUACGUCUCCAGCUUCCGGCCGUGUUCGAGAGGGACAACACCACCGUCCGCGACCUGGACCGCCAUCAAGCGUACCUGAUCUACCUCGAGAUCGGACUCUGGAGCGGCAACAGCCGUAAGAUCGAGAUCUCCGAGGCCUUCCGCCAGCCGCUGAUCACCAUGGUGCGCCGCGGCGGACUGUUCCACCACUCUGCCUACCGGUCCGCCGAGACCCUCCCCGUCUCGCCAGAAGAUGCAGGCGAGGCGCUGGAUCGCAAGUGGCGUGCCUGGAGCCGCCAGGAGGCCUCGAAACGACUUGUCUACCAGCUGUUCCGGCUCGAGGCGCAAGUCUCCAUCGCCCUUCUCACCAACCCGCUCAUCUCCUAUGCCGAGAUGGCCCUUCCACUGCCCUGUCCGCCCGCGCUGUGGGACGCUCCCUGCGCCCAACGCUGGAAGGAGCUGUACUGCACCAUGGAACCACCCACCCACCCACCAACAUUAACCGCCGCGCUGGCUAAUCUCGAUCUCCUGGAGGAGAGUCGAAUGAUAUGUGACCCCGACCUCGCCGGCUCGGCAAUCCUGCACUGUGUGUGGGGGCUCGUAUGGGAAUACCGACAGCUCUCCGGGCUACUCAGUCAUGGAACGCCCACUGCUUCCGCUGGCGCCCCGGCCCGAUACUGGGACAGCAGCGGACUGCUGAUGGCCUCCCGCCGGCAGCAGCUCACCACCAUGCUCGACUGCUUCUCGAUGGCGCAUGCCGCGGCGCCUACCUCGGGCGAGCAGCACGUCAUCCGCAUGCAUAUGCAGAUGUCGCUGGAGGAGAUCGAGACGCUGGCCACUUCCGACCAUCCGCGGCGGGCGUGCGCCGCGCUCCAGAAGUGGUUCCAUCAGCAAACCCCUUCCGAGCCGAGACGUGCCGUCUGGCACGCCGGGCAGGUCAUCCGAUCCGCGCACGCCCUUCCGCCCCAGGGCCUGCGCGACUUUAUGGCCAUCGCAAUGUACCAGGCUACUCUGGUGCUGUGGGCGUACGGCAUGGCCUCGACGUGGCUGUUCCCCUUGGCCGACGCUUCUCCUCCCAGCCCGGCAUCCACUCCGCUGGUCUGUCUGGAUGGGCCCGAGACCGAGGAGACCAACCGGUACAUCGCGCUCGGAAGGGGGGUGCCCUGCCUGCAGGGCUCCGAGGCCGAGGGCGUUCCCUUGACCAACUCCUGCGGCGUGCUCGAUCUUGCCAUCUCGCUCAUGGCGCGCAACCACCAGGUGGACAGCCAGCCUCCUCUGGUGGCCAAUUUGAUCCAUCUCCUUGGGAAACUCCGAGAUGCCAGCAGCUAG